CAGCUUCAAGCCUGCUAUAACCGAAAACACCCCGCACUAUACAAUAUCACCACGCUCAUCGACUGCGGCACAGAAAGCUUCCCAUCGCUGGUCAAUCAUGUCUCACAGGAAUGAUGUCGGUUGUUUAGGACAGGACGGUGCACCUCAUACCCCACUCCCUUACAAUAUUUCGUCUUAUUUUGCACCGCGUAUUGAGGGGUCUUUGCAAACUGCCGUCAACGAAGGUGAAAGCGACAAAUCAUCACCUAAGCACUCCAAGCGCCCACGUGAUGGCGAUGAAAGUGACCAGGAGUGGACCGCGCACGAGCUCGGGCUUGUAGAAAACAUGUUGCUACAACCUUCCGGUCAAUUCCCCCCCGGAUCUUUGCCUCCCUCUACAGUCCUUGACGAUUUAACUACACGGCUUUUGCAGUCGCAGACUACUAUGUCUGAAAAAUCGCGUUCACCCGGCGAAGAUUCCAUCACUACGAUCUGGCUACACUCGUGGGAUUCAACGCGACAGAAAAUGAACGAGAUCGCGCUUGAAAACAGCCGAUUUGGUAUCGAGGAGGAAAGGCGCAAGCUUCCCCGGGAAGAGCGCUCAGAGCGACCCGGCCUGCGACGCAUGGAUAGUAUGGAUUUUCUGGACGAAGGCAACGCAGCCGACCGCAGCACAAGUGCUGUUGGGCGUGCUCUACGCUUGUCAACGACCUUGCAGAAGAGUGCCGCAGGAUCUACUAAAGGCCCAGAAAAAGAUUUGCCAAUGCCUUCUAUCAAAUUAGUCCCAUCUGCAGACCAGAGACUCCCUUCGCCCCUACCGCCAAAGGUGUCGGGCCGUCGGCUGUCUGCCGGGGUAGCGCGACCGUCAAGUCUUCUCCAAAGGGGACGCAGUUUUACCGCUGAAGAUCUUCAAGCCGAAAGCCUUCAAGGUGACAGCCCUCUCGAAGAGGAGAGGAAAAAGGCAAGCGAAAACGCUUCCUCCCGGGAUCCGUCCGUCGUUGGUGAAGGGGACUUGAAGGCGUUGACAGACAAACAUAAUCGAGCUGGUAUAACGCGGUCCUACUCCUCGUUCUCAGUGGCCGAUCCUGCUCCGCACGCGGCCCAAAAAUCUUUUCUUUCCAGUGCCGUACCAAGCACCGACGACCGAUCUUUGCUAGCGGUGCCUACAGAGAUCACGAAAACAACAAACAGCUGUGACGAUGAGUCACAUGGGCGGCGCAAUCGCACUGCAAAACGAUUUAAGCUCGCACAAAAGCUAGACAUGUCUAAAAUGGCACCCCCUUUGUCGACGCUCUCAUUACUGGGAGAUGUUGGGCCCGAUGGUCUGCGAAGCCCAUUUGAUGAAGAGAAGGGCCUAGGCAGAUGAAGAGGAGACGUCGCGGAUGUACGAGUAGAUGGCCGAUUUUGUACAACUAGUCGCGCAGCGUGUAAUCAUUUAUUUUUAUGUAACAAUCUCGAUUAGCACAGUAA